AUGGAAACUCAAACUCAGCCACACACCACAGCGCAGCCCACCCCCGUCAGGCACGGCUUGGCGCGGGCGGUGGCGCGGGCGGUUAAGCGGCAGGCAGCAGGGGCACAGAAUAGUUUUGAUGAGGAGCAUGUUUUAGCUUUAAUUCUGAAUAAAGACUUGGAAAAAACAAAAUGUAUAGAAAAAUUGAAAAAAUAUUGCCAAGAAUUAAAUGAAGUAAAUCUAAAAAUAGAACAAGUACACGAAAAAUUAAAAGAUUUUUGUGAUAAUGGAAAAGCAGAUACAAAAUGUCAAAGUCUACAAACCAAAGUUAUGGGAAAAUGUACAGAUUUUAAAACAAAAAAGUUAGAACCAGCAUUAAAGGAUCCAUCAGAUGAUAAUUGCAAAGAGAAUGAACGACAAUGCCUAUUUUUGGAAGGAGCGUGUCCAAAUGAACUUAAAGAGAAAUGUAGCGAACUAAGAAAUAAAUGUUACCAGAGAAAACGUGACGGAGUAGCAGAAGAAGUCCUUUUGAGGGCACUUCAUGGGGAUUUAGAAAACACAACUGAAUGCGAAAAGAAAAUCAAAAAUGUUUGCCCAAAAAUAGGCCAAGAAAGUGAUGAGUUGACAAUGUUAUGUCUUGAUCAACAAGCAACAUGCGUAAGUCUUGUAGCAAAAGGAAAAAGUAAGUGUAGUGUUUUGAAACAAAAAGUCGAAGAAGCACUUAAGGAGAAAAAUGAACUACGAGGAAAAUGUCUACCAUUACUUGAGCAAUGUUACUUUCACAGAGGGAACUGCAAAAAAGAUGCAUCACAAUGCAAACCUCAAAAUAAAGACUGCGAGGACUAUCUACCAAAAUGUGAUGAAUUAGCAAAAGAAUGUGGAAAAAAGGGCGUCAUUUAUAUACAUCCAGGGCCCGAUUUCGAUCCAACUAAGCCAGAGCCUACAGUAGCAGAGGACAUAGGGCUAGAAGAGCUUUAUAAGAGGGCAGAGGAGGAUGGAGUUUUUAUUGGAAGACAACAAGUAAGAGAUGCGACAGCUUUGUUGGCGUUGUUGGUUAAAAAAGAUAAUACCGGAAAUAAUGAUAUCGGAAAAAAAUGUAAUGAGAUUCUCGAAAAUAAAUGCAAAAACUCUCAUGAACAUGAGGCCUUGGAAAAACUAUGUGCAAAAAAUGCUGCAAAUAACAUUGGAAAGGAAAAGUGCAAAGAAUUGGAGGAAGAUAUUAAAAAAACAUGUAAUAUUUUCGCGUCAAAGCUUAUAAAUAAUCAUCUUUUUGAUCCAAAAAAAGGAAAUAAUGGAAUUAUUGGAUGGGGAGGAUUGCCAACAUUCCUUAGCAACGAAGAUUGUACAAAAUUAGAGUCCUAUUGUUUCUAUUUUGAAAAAAAAUGUCAAGAUGGCGAAAAAUCAUGUGCGAAUGUAAGGGCAGCGUGUUAUAAGAGAGGGCUUGAUGCACGGGCAAAUAAAGUGCUGCAAGAAAAUAUGCGAGGAAUGUUACAUGGUUCAAACAAAAGCUGGCUUGAAAAGUUUCAACAAGAAUUAGUAAAAGUAUGCAAGGAACUAAAAGAAAAUAAAGAAAAUUUCCCAAACGAUGAACUAUUUGCUCUGUGUGUACAGCCAGCAAAAGCAGCCCGGUUGCUUACACAUGAUCUUCGAAUGAAAACUAUCUUUUUACGACAACAGUUGGAUAAAAGGCGAGAUUUUCCGACAGACAAGGACUGCAAAGAAUUAGGGAGAAAAUGUCAAGAUUUAGGAGAGGAUUCAAAAGAAAUUACGUGGCCAUGUCAUACAUUGGAGCAGCAAUGUAAUCGUUUAGGAACUACAGAAAUUUUAAAACAGGUUUUACUAGAUGAACACAAGGAUACUUUGAAAGAUCAAGAAAGUUGUGUAAAAUAUCUAAAAGAAAAGUGUAAUAAAUGGUCUAGAAGAGGCGAUGACCGUUUCUCUUUUAUAUGUGUCUUCCAAAACGCUACAUGUAAAUCGAUGGUAGAUGAUGUACAAGAUAGG